UUUAUUUUUGAUCCUUUUUUUUUUUUUUUUCUUCCCUCUUUUCCAACCUUUUUUUUUUCUAAAUCUAUUUGACAUAACAAUGACUAUUACUGAAUCAUCUCCAGAAAUCAUUGUUGUAGCUGCAGCUUUAGUGGACUCUUAUGGAAUAGGUUAUCAACAUGAUCUACCUUGGCGUAUACCUGGCGAUUGGAAUUGGUUUCAACGAAUCACUACCAAAUCAUACCUUAACCCUUCUACCAACAAGGACGAAACCGUAUUAGAAAAAGAAUCUGAUUGGCAUAAUAUUGUUAUUAUGGGGCGUUUAUCUUGGGAAUCAGUACCUAUGCAACGAAAACCUCUUCACAAUCGAUAUAACAUUGUCAUAUCAAGUCAACAAGAAUACAACAUUCACGCUGUGGAUUAUUGGGAACAUGCUACAUUAGCAAAUACUAUACAAGAAGCCUUGAACCAAGCAUAUUCUAUGAAAAAGACACAUGGCAGGAUCUUUGUGCUGGGCGGAGAACAAAUCUAUCGUCAAGUGAUAGAACAACCUCAUUGUACUCAUAUCUUAUUGACUCAUAUUCAUCAACAAAAUACAAAUGAAAAAAUUGAAUGCGACUCUUUCUUUCCUACCAUUGAUCCUACUCACUUUCGAUUGGCUUCUCAUGAUGAACUUCAAGAAUUUGUACAAGAAUCUGUCCCUGCUGGUUUACAAAGUCAUCAUCCUUUUGAAUAUGAAUUCUUAUUAUAUGUACGACGUUCAUGACGAUUUUUAGUUAAAUUAGAUAAGAUACCCUCUUUCCUUUUAUGAAAUCAAUAAAGGAUUGUCUUUUUUUUUUCUCUUAUUUUAUUUUUUUUAUCUA